UGCUUCUAGGGAGGGAGAGGCCUCUGAGGCCAGAACAACCUGGCCUUGGAAGGCACACGGCUGAAGGUCCCGGACGAGGGCGAGGGGGCGGGACCACAGGUCCUGGGCGGUACUUUUGCGCCAAGUGGGCGGGGCUUCCUCUGAAGGCCACGCCAAGGGCCAGUCUGUGGGCAGGGCCUGUGGAAAAGCGAUGUUAGACUAGGCUGACUGCCACGAAGGUAGUUUAUUUUUGCCAGACUUACUUGUGCACUCAGCUUGGAUUCUACCUUCCUACCCGCGGGGACCGCCUCUUCCUGGCUCUCCCAAAGCUUCCAUGUCCCAGUAGAACGCGAAAUAAGUUCCCACAUGACAGCCUGGAAUCCUGAUUCAUUAGAACCGGUCCCAAGCAGUUACAAGGCUUAGGACCAAGCCACAGAACCAUGAGCCAGGACAGCAAAGUGAAGACAACAGAGUCCAGCCCCCCAGGCCCAUCCAAAACCAGGAAGGGGCUGCCUGUCCUAGACCCAUCUGGGGAUUAUUACUACUGGUGGCUGAACACAAUGGUCUUCCCAGUCAUGUAUAACCUCAUCAUCGUUGUAUGCAGAGCCUGCUUUCCUGACUUGCAGCAUAGUUACCUAGUGGCCUGGUUUGUUCUGGACUACAUGAGUGACCUGAUGUACCUUCUAGACAUCGGGGUGCGCUUCCACACAGGAUUCCUAGAGCAGGGCAUCCUGGUGGUGGACAAAGGCAUGAUCGCCAGUCGCUAUGUCCGCACCUGGAGCUUCCUGUUGGACCUGGCUUCUCUGGUCCCCACAGAUGCAGCCUAUGUGCGGCUGGGCCCCCACAUUCCCACGCUCAGGCUAAACCGCUUUCUCCGGGUACCCCGCCUCUUUGAGGCCUUUGACCGCACAGAGACCCGCACAGCUUACCCAAAUGCCUUCCGUAUCGCCAAGCUGAUGCUCUACAUCUUUGUUGUCAUUCAUUGGAACAGCUGCUUAUACUUUGCCCUGUCCAGAUACCUGGGCUUCGGACGGGAUGCAUGGGUAUACCCAGAUCCCGCACAGCCUGGCUUCGAGCGCUUGCGGCGCCAGUAUCUCUACAGCUUCUAUUUCUCCACUCUGAUCCUGACCACUGUGGGUGACACACCGCUGCCAGCUCGGGAGGAAGAGUACCUCUUCAUGGUGGGUGACUUCCUGCUGGCCGUCAUGGGUUUUGCCACCAUCAUGGGUAGCAUGAGCUCUGUCAUUUACAACAUGAACACUGCAGAUGCAGCCUUCUACCCAGACCACGCUCUGGUAAAGAAGUACAUGAAGCUGCAGCAUGUCAACCGGAGGUUGGAGCGGAGAGUUAUUGACUGGUACCAGCAUCUGCAGAUCAACAAGAAGAUGACCAAUGAGGUAGCCAUCUUGCAGCACUUGCCUGAGCGACUUCGGGCGGAGGUUGCUGUGUCCGUGCACCUGUCCACCCUGAGCCGAGUCCAGAUCUUUCAAAACUGUGAAGCCAGCCUGCUGGAAGAGCUGGUGCUGAAGCUACAGCCCCAGACCUAUUCACCAGGAGAAUAUGUAUGCCGCAAAGGGGACAUUGGCCGAGAGAUGUAUAUCAUUCGUGAGGGCCAGCUGGCUGUAGUGGCAGAUGAUGGUGUCACACAGUAUGCUGUGCUUGGUGCAGGGCUCUACUUCGGGGAGAUCAGUAUCAUCAACAUCAAAGGGAACAUGUCAGGAAACCGACGAACAGCCAACAUCAAGAGCCUAGGUUAUUCAGACCUAUUCUGCCUCAGCAAGGAGGAUCUGCGGGAGGUGCUGAGUGAGUAUCCACAGGCCCAGGCUGUCAUGGAGGAGAAGGGCCGUGAGAUCUUACUCAAAAUGAAUAAAUUGGAUGUGAAUGCUGAAGCAGCUGAGAUUGCUCUCCAGGAGGCCACAGAGUCUCGGCUAAAGGGCCUCGACCAGCAGCUGGAUGAUCUACAGACAAAGUUUGCUCGCCUACUAGCUGAGCUGGAGUCCAGCGCACUGAAGAUUGCUUACCGCAUCGAAAGGCUAGAGUGGCAGACUCGAGAGUGGCCAAUGCCAGAGGACGUGGCUGAGGCUGAUGAUGAGGCUGAGCCUGGGGAAGGAACUUCCAAGGAUGGAGAGGGAAAAGCUGGCCAGGAGGGAUCCUCAGGCAUAGAAUGACCUCAUCCUGAACACAGGCCUCCCAGCUCCAAGUGAAUCCAGAAUGGUAGGAAAGUUUGCCUUCAGAACUAUCAUCCUAUUUGCUAGGUCACACAGUCUUAGGUAAACUGGUCUAUAGAUGCCUAGGUAGAGAUGUGGGUUAUAGCAUACAUUCGUCCCAUACUCACCAGAACACACACACACACACACACACACACAC